AUGAAGUUCAGUCAAAUUCUGGUCACCCUUUUCCUGGCUGCCACGGCCCAUGCUGCCGUCGCCGAUGUCCAGCGUGGCUGCGAGGACCGCUGCCUCGAGGAGAGCAACAACUGUGCCCGCCAAGACCACCGCGAGCACCGCUGCGAGGAUGAGUUCCACCGCUGCGAGGACCGCUGCCGCAGAGACCACGACCAUGAUCACGACCACGAUCGCGAUCGCGGUCACGACCACCACCACUAA